AUGGAGAGAGCCAGGCCGGAGCCACCGCCUAGGCAGCGCCAACUGCCGCGGGUGACCCCGCCGCGCCUGCUGCGCCCCGCUCCGUCCCCGCUGCCGGCCGAGGGCACCUCUUUUCGGGUAGCGGCCGCGGAGGCCCAGCCGUCGCCACAAGCCUCGUGCGCGGCCACCACUGCGACAGUGGCCCCGUCGUGCUGGGAGGCCCCAGCGUCGGGUGUCCAGCUCAGGGCGCAGGGGCUCCUGCAGGUGAAGCUGCCGCCAGGGUGCCCGCCUCCUCAGGCCGGGGACGUAGGCGCCACCGCGUCGCCCGCGCUGCUGCAGCUGAGGCCCGAGCUGCUGCAGCGGCCACCGCCACCUGCUCCCGAGAGUUCCUCCUGCGGGCCCGAAGGGCAGCCGGUGCUGCCCCGGGUACUGCACGUCAAGGCUGAAAAGCAGGAGCUAGGGCCCCGCUCCGAUCCGUCGGUGGGCCCUCGGAGGAUGGUCGAGGCGGGCCCACGGUCCUCCAGAGCAGCUCAGGUGGAAGGCUCCGGGCCCGCCCUCGACUGCCCCCGAAGUGACGAGAAGAAGGGCAAGUCAGAGGCGGAGGAGGUCAUGAGGGACACCGCGGAUGGUGGGGAUGGCAAAGGCCUGACAGCCAUCCGAGAGGGGGUCAUCAAGACGGAGGAGCCUGGGAGACCCUGUGAGGAGUGCAGGCUAUCCACAGAGCCCGCGUCCAGUGGCCUGGUCCAUGGCAGCAAGGAGGUCAUCCGGGCCCAGCCGUCCAGCACCUUUGGGCCGCACCAGCAAGACCUCGGGAUCCCUUUGACCCUCCACACCGUUCCUCCUGGAGCUCGGAUCCAAUUCCAGGAACCUCCACCUUCGGAGCUGAUACGAUUGACCAAGGUCCCCUUGCCACCAGUGCCUAUCAAAAUGCAGUCCUUACUGGAGCCUUCUGUAAAAAUUGAAACCAAAGAUGUCCUGCUCACCGUGCUUCCCUCAGAUGCAGGAAUACCAGACACUCCUUUCAGUAAGGACAGAAAUGGUCAUGUGAAGCGACCCAUGAAUGCAUUUAUGGUUUGGGCAAGGAUCCACCGGCCAGCACUAGCCAAAGCUAACCCAGCAGCCAACAAUGCAGAAAUCAGCGUCCAGCUCGGACUAGAGUGGAACAAGCUUAGUGAAGAACAAAAGAAACCCUAUUACGAUGAAGCACAAAAAAUUAAAGAAAAGCACAGAGAGGAAUUCCCUGGUUGGGUUUAUCAGCCUCGUCCAGGGAAGCGAAAACGCUUCCCUUUAAGUGUUCCCAAUGUAUUUUCUGGUACCACACAGAAUAUCAUUUCUACAAAUCCUACAAUUUAUCCUUAUCGCCCAACGACUUACUCUGUGGUAAUUCCCAGUCUGCAGAACACCAUCAUUCAUCCAGUUGGUGAAGCCCUACCUGCAAUCCAGCUGCCCACACCUGCAGUCCAGCACCCAAGCCCCAUCACACUUUUCCAGCCCAGUGUCUCCAGUACUGUGCAGGUGGCUAUCCAGGCUCCAAGUGUGCCUCUCUGCCCAGCAGUCCCACCCCAGAGCUUUGCUGGGCCCUCCCAAAUGAACACUCAUCAGCUGUCUUCCAGAGCCACUAGCUUGGUGAGGAGACACACUCCUGUCUCUCAGGAGAGCAUCAACAGGAUUCCAACUGGUGCAAGUACUACCCAUGCCAGAUUUGCAACCCCAACCAUCCAGCCUUCCAAGGAGUAUCUGAGCAUUUCUGCUUGUCCCAGAAGUGCUCCAGUCCCCCUGCCUUCUCCUCUCCCAUACUCACACAUCUACCAGCCUCCUCCCUUUAGCCCUCCAGCCACAUUAUUUGGGACAACACCGCGAUUCUUUUUUCAUCACUCUUACUUCCUACCUGGACCUCACUACUUCCCAUCAAGCAUGUGCCCUUUUAGUCGGCCUCCCUUUGGCUAUGGAAAUUUUCCAAGUUCAAUGCCAGAAUGCCUUGGUUAUUAUGAAGACAGGCGCCAAAAACAUGAGGUUGCGUUUUCAACUUUAGAGAGAGAGUAUGGUCUUACAGACUACUCGGGUGAUCGCCCACACAGGAGAGAUUCUCGGAGUUGUGAGAGCGUGCAUGGGACCUCUUACUGUCACAGUCACAGCCAUGGUGGGGAAGAAUACUUUAAUCUCAUGCCUCAGCUGGAUGUUGGAGCUUUUGAGAACGUCUUCACAGUCCCCACAUCAACUCCCUCUCGCAUCCAGCAAGUCAAUGUCACUGACACUGAUGAGGAGGAAGAAGAAAAAGUGCUCAGGAAUCUAUAAUUUUAAAACAAAUAUGCACAGAAAAUAAACAUUUCUUAAAAUAUAUCUGGGUCAGUUGGUGUGAGAAAAAAAAGCCUCGAAUGCUUUGUUAAAUUUUCAGCCAUGAUUUGAGGUGUCAAAACCAAAUGCGAUUUACACCUUCAUAAAAUUUUGAUUAGUGAAACUGGAGUCCUGAUGUUUCAUUGUAGGAAUAUUUAAGAUAAAUGAAGUAGUUUAUUUUUAUGGCUGAAAUGUGCACGAACAUAUAUUAUCAUUAUGUGGAAAAUAACAAAUCCCUACAACUACAUGUGAAGGGAAAGGGAGUUCAUAUCUGUCAGGACAAGAGUGGUUUUUAUUUCAUCUUAAUACAUUUAUUUUUUUUCUUAUAUGAUUUUUGUUUGAUGUUUAUGUAAUACUUAUGGAUAUUGUCAGUUUUUAUGUAACAGUUUGAAAACACUUUGAUAAGUUUCAGUAGUGAAUUGGGAUUCAGUUACUAAAUUUUCACUAAAAAUCGAUUAUAAGUUGCAGAUGCAUUUUAAUGGCACCUGGAUAUCUCCUUCAGCUAAAUUAGUCAUUUCUGUUCCUAAAUAUUUUCAUCAUCUUUUUCCAUUUGGUUUGCAUUGUUCUACAUUUGUCAUAAUUAAAUAAACAGAGAUAAAAUUGUUCUUGUUGGAUAUUUCCUGUUUGGGGAAUAGAAAUAAGCAAAAUGAGUACUACUUAAAUGAGGAUGGUGUCCUUACCACAUGCAGAUAUUUAUUUUUACUUAAUGGUAUGUAGAAUUGCACAGAUGAGAUACCAUUGAGACUUAAAACUUACAACAAAAGACUUAAAUGAGACUUAAAACUGUAUCAACAAAAAUGUUAGUGCAUAUAUUCUGAUAUCAUUUCCACACUUUUUACAUAUGUGUACAUGUGGCUUAAGCACUCUCCAAAAUGGAAGAACUCUUCUAGAUUUGGUACAGGCUGCUGUCUUUUAAAGUAUGGAGUUCAUGUAAGAGCACGUGGAAUUUCUUUAAGUCACAAUGAGCAAAAAAUCCUAUUUACAGUGUGACCUCUUAGUAAGUGACCAGAUAAUGGAUGGGGAGAACCUAUUAGAACAGGAUCAGAACCACCAGAAUUGCAAUCUUGGUAAAAGAGGCACAAAAUAAACUGAUGAUUGGCAAUGGUCACAAACCAAUAUACUUGUCCCUCAAUGAUCUGUAUAAUAUAUGUAAAUUGAAAUAUUAUUACUUAAAAAUGCAUGAAAACUGUGUAUGGAAACCUGUUCUGAACUUCCAGCUUAUUGUAUUAAAUCUGUUUGUCCAUUAAGCUAAGGUUGUUAAUGUAAUACAUUUCAUCCACACAAUACUCAAUUGUACUUAA